GUGGGCAGGAGGGCUCUGGUUGGCGUACUCUGGCUUCCUGUCUUUGGAGCGUUCUUGGUUGGAACCCUCAACCAGAACGUGAGAAUGUGCAUGCUGUCUCAAGCUUCAUCUCUUCAGAGUCAGUGCAUCCUUUGUAAUCAGCAAAAGUACAACGCUGCGGUGAAUGGCUGUACAAGACAAAACUCACUUCCUUCAAACAUCACGCAAGAAGAAGCGUUCUGCAUCUUGGCUGCCUGCAUCGAUAACCCCAGGCAAAGUCCGGUGGUGCUUGGAAAGAGGAAACGGAGUGGCGGACAAGAGGAAGCCAACGUGGUCGACGAGUACUUCACUAAUGUCCUCUUCGAAGACUACGAGGAUGACGUCGACGACCUUGGAAAUGGAGACGUCUAGUGUUUGCUAGCAGAGGAAUACGGGUUUAUCCGUGUAUGCCCACGAGCGACAUCCCCAAGGAAUAUUCCAGUGGAAGAAAAAACUAACAAACAAAAACUGCUCGUGGGACGGUGGGGA